AUGGUGGACUAUAUGGUGGGCUAUAUGGGCGUAUGGUGGGCUAUAUGGUGGGCUAUAUGGGCGUAUGGUGGGCUAUAUGGGCGUAUGGUGGACUAUAUGGGCGUAUGGUGGACUAUAUGGGCGUAUGGUGGGCUAUAUGGGCAUAUGGUGGACUAUAUGGGCGUAUGGUGGACUAUAUGGGCGUAUGGUGGGCUAUAUGGGCGUAUGGUGGACUAUAUGGGCGUAUGGUGGGCUAUAUGGGCGUAUGGUGGGCUGUAUGGGCAUAUGGUGGACUAUAUGGGCAUAUGGUGGACUAUAUGGGCGUAUGGUGGGCUAUAUGGGCAUAUGGUGGACUAUAUGGGCGUAUGGUGGGCUAUAUGGGCGUAUGGUGGGCUAUAUGGGCGUAUGGUGGGCUAUAUGGGCAUAUGGUGGGCUGUAUGGGCAUAUGGUGGACUAUAUGGGCAUAUGGUGGGCUAUAUGGGCAUAUCGUGGGCUAUAUGGGCAUAUGGUGGACUAUAUGGGCAUAUGGUGGGCUAUAUGGGCAUAUCGUGGGCUAUAUGGGCAUAUGGUGGACUAUAUGGGCGUAUGGUGGGCUAUAUGGGCAUAUGGUGGGCUAUAGAGGCGUAUUGUGGCUGGAUGUCGACAGGCUCGGUUGAGGCAGGCAAAGGUUGGAGCACCUGGCUGAAGAAGGAGCUGACAUGGAAGAAAGAACUUAUACUCAUCAAAGUUAUCCAGUUCCUUUACUCCGGAGGUACGUCAUCGAUCCUGCCUUACCUGACCCUCCACAUGCAGGAGCUGGGCCUCACUGUUGCCGAGAUCGCUACCGUCUACGCCUUCCUUCCCAUCACUUCAAUCCUCGGCCCGCCCCUCUCAGGCCUGGUGGCUGACAGGUUCGGGAGGUUCAAGCAGGUGGUUGUAGCGAACAUGGUGCUGACAGUUGUUCUACACUGUGCGUUGCUGUAUGUGCCGGCGCGGCCCAGAGCCUCCAUCAGGAUGUCCUGUGGGCCUGAUGGCAACGUCCUCACCUGGUCCUGCAACACCUGUCACCAACAACUCAACAACACCCAGCUACAACUGACUUUGCAGCUGUGUGAGUUCGACUGUGUGUCUCCGCCCUCGGAGCUGAGCGUGUGUGUCCACGAGGAGGAUCUCGCCACCUGCCACAACUACUCUCUCUUUGAUCAGAUCACGCUCAACGGUACAGUAUUGUCAUGGAGAGAGGAGGAGAAGUGCAACCACACUUUGUACAACCCGCUGUACGACCAGCAAGUGUACCACACCCUUUCCUGCUCCUCCCAGUGCCAUGUUAAGUGCCAGGUGAUGCAGGUGCCACAGUGCCACGUGUCCGAUGACCCUGACUCCACUGCCAACACUUUCUGGAUCUACUUUGUUCUUCGCAUGAUAGCCACCUUCUUUUUGAACUCUCUGUUUACUAUGAUGGAUGCGAUGACAUUGGCUAUUGUGAGACAACACAAUGGAGACUACGGUAAACAGCGCUUCCUCUUCAUCCUCGGCCUGGCCACAGUGCCUCUCUUGGCCGGCUUCACCCUCGACUGGCACGAGGCGUCCGUUGGUUAUAAGGACUACUCUCCCGCCUUCUACCUGGGUGCUGCCCUCUGUCUUGUCUCUGCUGCUCUCAUCACCAGACUCUGCUUCACGGUGGAGCCAUCUGGUGAUAAGGUUGUGGCUGAUCUUUUGAAGCUGGUAACAAGACCAGAGAUCAAUGUGUACCUGGUGAUGGUGCUGGUGAUGGGCUCCAACUGGGGCUUCCUUGAGAGCUACCUCUUCCUCUACCUCGAGACUCUUCAUGCACCCAGCUACCUCAUGGGCCUGACACUGACGGUGGGGUCGUUGGUUGGUAUGCCUGUAAUGCUCAUCGCUGAUGCAGUAGUGGAGAAGCUUCGCCGUCCCACCAUUUUCAUAAUCUCCUUCUUCAUCUAUGCUAUCAGGCACAUCGGUUAUUCAUACAUCAAUGACCCGUGGCUGGUGUUUCCCUUUGAGGUGCUUGAGGUGUUCACCUACCAGCUCAUGUGGGUGGCAGCAAUCACCUAUUGUUCCAUCCUUGCUCCCAAGGGUCUUCUGGCUACCAUGACUGGUCUCACAGGGGCCAUACACUUCUCUCUUGGUCGUGGCCUGGGGUCCCUGGUGGGAGGACACCUGAUUAACAAUCUGGGCCUUCCUGCAGCCUUCAGGGCCUAUGGUGGUAUAGCUGCUGGCUCUGGAAUUCUUUAUGUCCUCAUUCACUUCUGCUACAUCAAGAAAAAGCUAUCAGCAAGAGAAGAGGAAAGGCAACGAGAGGCAGGAGAGUGUCUCCCUAUGAUGGAUAACGAUGCUGCACAUGUCCUCGUGAACCAAGUUACAGCAGAGUCUUCUCUGUGACGAGAGUUUAGUACAUAAGUUUCAAUUCUGAGCAUUAUUAUAUGGAUAUUUGUUCCAUAUACUGUAUCAAAAUUAGUGAUGUAGUUAAAUAUAGCAUUUAUGCAGUGUUAACACACUGCAUACCUCAAUGAAAAAUAAAUAAAAAGUAUCUAUCA